AGCUUAAAAUCUUGGAGAGAUGAGAAAAGAACGGUUGCAUGGUUACACAUUCCAAUAACUCAUAGUAGAUUUAUCUCCCUUGCUGGUAACCAUGGUUUCGAGUAUCACCAUGCAGAAGGCAGUAUGGCCAUGAUGAAACUAUGGUUAAAAACAACCCGAGAAGACCCCACACCUAUAUUUGGUACCCAUCAGGUUGGUGUUUCAGGUGUUGUGAUAAAUGAAAAGACUGAAGAAAUACUGGUAGUUCAAGACAAAAAUAGACCUUAUACACUGUGGAAGUUUCCUGGUGGUUUAUCUGAUCUUGGUGAAGAUAUUGGAAAAACUGCUGAGAGGGAAAUCUUCGAAGAAACAGGAAUCAAAAGUGAAUUCAAAUCAGUUCUCUCAAUGCGUCAACAACAUAAUCUCCCUGGUGCCUUUGGUCGGUCAGAUUUCUACAUCAUUUGUCGAAUGAAACCAUUAACUUUUGAAAUAAGUGCGUGUGUAGAGGAGAUACGCGAGUGUAAAUGGAUGCAUAUUGAGGAUCUGAAACGUGAAAUUGAAGUAUCUUCGUUAACCAUGAGAUUGACUGAUAUGGUAGAGUAUGGGUUGAGAGAAGGGUGGGAUGUUGUUGAUAUUGGGUGUGAGGAGAUGGAGUCAAUUUAUAAAGGAUUUAAAUUCAAAUUAUAUCAUCGCCCAUUUCAUAAACAGUCCGGAUCGUCUUAG